CUACGCUCUUGACGCUUUAUCGACGAUAAAUCAAACUCCCCGAGAGAAGUUCACGCGAACUCGUUGAAGGAAGCGUAAAACGGGCAACACGUAUAAUACAUUAUACCAUGUCGUCCCUGAUCGUAAUGCACAACUCGCGAAUUAUGCUGUUGGAGGUAGCUGUGAAAAAUCUGUACAUGCCAUGGUCCGACGUGUUCGACUCUGCGCUUAUGAAGAGGACUGUCAUAAUGUUUCGAAUGCUGGAUGACGAAUGGACAACGUUGUCGCCGAAUCGACGAGACUAUCGUUCGUAUCGUGGCUCUAAUUACGAGAACGAACAAUUUUAUGGCGGCAGAUCCGUGCUGUUCUCCGUGCCGGAAACUAUGUUCGAGGAGAAAAUGUCCGGAGUAGAUCUGCAGCUGUAUGUGUACAAAGGAGUGUCCAAGUAUUUCGAGCUGGAGCCACGACGGAAUUUCGGAUUCGCCCUCGUCAGGAUGGACGAUCUGUUUAACGGUAUUAUCAAGGACCUCUGCGAACGGAAGGAGCUGGAGGGUUAUUUUUCUGCCGCACUGGAGCGGGAACCUAUAUCAAGGUCGACACGCGGCACGUUCGUUCUGCUGGAUGAGGAUUUACAAGCAACCGACGCCACCAUCGAGCUCUACAUACGCAUCAGUUACUUGGGCAAAUGCAUCAUAACCGAAGUACACUCCCCUACGAGCAUACAAAGAGCAUUCUACGCACGCGAGGAAACCGACGACCAUUACCAAUAUCAAUUCCGGGAAUUAAAUACUAUGGAUCUGGAAUCCUUUUGUUGGGGCAGCUUGACGAUCAUCCCGCCCCUUCAUCCUGACAAUUUGAUCUGUCGAUGCAAAGAUCUCGUGGACAAAUUAGUGGGAGUGGCGACGCAGACGAAAAAGGCGAGAAAACGCAAACGCGACGAAUUCGAUUUAAUGCUCAGAAUGGCUCAUGUACAGAAACUAUUGGCCUUGAUGAAAGAGAUGAGAAAAAAUCGUCCAGACGUAAUGCCGCCCGCGGAAACGAAGAGAGUUUGCCCACCGUCACCGUCACCGUGUAUCUGCCCCACGGUGUGUCCACCUGUCUGCGUUUACACUAUGCCCUCCGUUUGUUCCACUCCCUGUCAGCAGACAACCGUUUACUGUCUACCAUGA